UUAAUAUUUUAAAUCUGCUUUUGGAGUGGAAAAGUCGUCUUCUUGGAAAGUUUGGGAAUUGUUUUUUUGGCGCUCCGAGAGGGGACGGUGGAGUGAAAGGAGACGGGAGUUUUGGUUCGGGCUCAUUUUUGAGUCAGGAGAAGGGAUUUAAUAGUACAGAAAACACGGCAUCCUGGGCGCUCUGUUUCAAAGAAAUUCAGUUUCCAUACUUCGAGAUCUACGCCACUUUUUCUCCACAGGCUCACCUGGCGGCGUGACCGGGGGCCAUGACAUUGUGAAGCAUGUCCACAGUCCGGGCACUGGGGAGGGAACCAGCAACAUUAAUGGCCAGAUCCAGAGAUCAAAUGGUCUUCUAAAGAAGCCAUGGGUAGCUGCUGGAGCUGUCCAGACAAAGAGUCGAUCCCAGAUAACCAUCAAAGCAAGUUUAAGGUGAUUAACGUUGAUGACGAUGGGAACGAGCUGGGCUCGGGCGUGAUGGAGCUGACGGAGGAGGAGCUGAUCCUGCACACCCGCAAGCGCGACGCCGUCAAGUGGCCCUACCUCUGCCUGCGCCGCUACGGCUACGACUCCAACCUCUUCUCCUUCGAGAGCGGCCGGCGCUGCCAGACCGGGCAAGGAAUCUUCGCCUUCAAGUGCGCGCGAGCGGAAGAGAUCUUCAACAUGCUGCAGGACAUCAUGCACAACAACAGCAUCAGCGUGGUGGAGGAGCCCGUGCUGGAGCCCGCCCAGGGGGCGGCGGAGAACGAGCUGCCCCGCACACCCCGAACGCCCACCACUCCAGGCUACACCGCCCCUGUUCUACCCAAUGGCAUCCCACGGUACCCGUCGUUUGGCGACGCCUCGUCGCGCCCCUCCAGCCGGCACCCGUCCGUAGGGAGCGCCCGGCUGCCCUCGGUGGGGGAGGAAUCCACGCACCCCCUCCUGGUCACCGAUGAGCUGGUACACACCUACGUGAACACGACGGGGGUUCAGGAGGAGCGGCGCAGUCGGAGCAGUGUCCACGCCCCCCUGGAGCUGCGCCUGUCUGACCCCGAGAGACCGGCCCCGCCCGACGAGCCGGAGCCGCAGGUGCUGCUGGAGCCCACCGGCGUCAAGUUCGUCCUGGGCCCCACCCCCGUGCAGAGGCAGCUGAUGGCCAAGGAGAGGCAGCGGGAGGCGGGGCCGGCGGAGCAGGGGGGAGGGGCCGCCGAGCCGGCCACCAGCCCUCCGGCCGCCGGCAGCGUCAACGGCAAUGGCGCCCCGGGUACCGCGGCCGACUGGGACACGGGCUACGACAGCGACGAGCGCAAGGACGCCCCUGUGGGGGGCAAGCCGGCCUACGAGCACCUCAACGGCACGGCGCCGGCCGCCUCCGCCCCCCGCCGCGCCCGCCCGCCCGUCCCCACCCCCGACGCCCAGAACGCCAACAACUCGGCCCAGCGGAGGACUGCCCUGCUGAACUACGAGAACCUCCCCGCCCUGCCGCCCGUGUGGGAGGCCCGCAAGCCCAGCUCCGAGGACGAGGAGGAGCGGGAGGACGCCUUCGCGCCAAAGACGCCGUCCCUCAACGGCUACCCCCACCUGCAGCACCUCCUCCACCACGCCCUGGACCCUGCGCACAACUACGUCAACACGGAGAAUGUAACGGUGCCGCUCAGCGCCCACAAACUGGACUCGGGCCGGGGGCGGAGGGACUGUGCCGCCCCCACAGUGUUCAACUUCGACUUCCGCCGGCCCAGCCUGGAGCCGCAGCGGCAGCUCAACUACAUCGAGGUGGAGAUGGAGAAGGAGAAGGGCUCGGACUCCAGCGGGCCCCACACGCCCAAGACCCCCACCACCCCCCUCCCCCAGACCCCCACCCGCAGGACAGAGCUGUACGCUGUCAUCGACAUCGAGCGCACGGCCGCCAUGUCCAGCCUGCAGAAAGCACUGCCCCGCGACGACGGUACCUCCAGGAAAACGCGACACAAUAGUACUGACCUGCCUAUGUGAGCCUGCAAAGCACUGUGUAAAGUUGCACCUUUUUUUUUUUUACUUUUACUUUACGAAGAGAAUGAAACCUUUUUGAAGAGAGAAGGGCUUCAUUUCCAAAUGUAAAAAAAAAUAAUAAAACAAACACCUUUUUAGAGACUUAAAUCUAUUUCCACAAGUUACACUGUGUUCUUUGUACUUACCUGAAAGGGAAUUAAAGUAGACCAGGUACUUGCCAUGUAACACUAUUUUAUUCCUACGGUAAUCUGCUACCUUCUCUUAACAAAGCUCAUUUUCCGGUGCCUGUGUGUUUUUGGCUGUGGUAUGCCAAUAACGAGGUUCGGAAAGCCUUUCGUAUACAUUCCCCACGGUACGAAGCCAUGGCUUCCCAUUGGUCCAGACUUGCUGAAAGCCAUGUGCCACGCCCUGUUGAAUUUCAGUAUCUGAAGAUUACACGCGCACUACAGUGUCGCCAAAGGCCAAACGUUCACGGUUCAGGCGAUGAAGCCCUGCAUUACGAGUUUGCCCUGGUCGCACUUAAGAGUACCUGUGCCAAGCGGGCAGAUUCUCUGUGCCCACUGCAUGCAAGCUGGCAUCAAAAGCUUUGGGUUUUUGAAAUCAGCACACUGUGUGUCAUCCAUAACCACAAAAGUGAUUUUACUAUGUUUUCGAAUCUACUUGCUGGUCAAUGGAGAUUGCCGCCGUACAGUUAAGUGUCCUUAAGGCAACCAUGAUAUAAGUAUAUUAAACGAAACUGUUUACUACAUAUGAACCUGUACACUUUCAUAGGAUCAUAGU